AUGGUCAACAAAGUCAUUGUCAUUGUGGGGAGCGGACCAGGCCUUGGAGUUUCCACAGGAUCCUUGUUUGCAUCCAAAGGAUUUGAUGUUGCCCUACUCUCUCGGAAUACCCAACGACUGGAACAGGAUGUUGCCGUUGUUCGAAAAGCAAAUCCAAAUGUUUCGGUCCGAGCCUAUUCCGUGGAUGUCGGAGAUCAUAUUGCCCUGCCCAGAGUUCUUGCGGAAGUACGAUCAGAAUUGGGGGCGCCAGAAGUUGUUUACUUCAAUGCCGCGAGAGUCCAGACCAGCAGGAUUGGUGAAACAACCCCAGAAUACAUCCUGGAGGAUUUCAAGAGUAUGAAUAUUGGGAUGUAUGUUGCGGCAAUGUGGGCGAUACCAGACUUGACUGCCGCGGCCGAACGACCUGGUUCUCAUCCAUCAUUUCUCUUCUGCAACAGUGGCCUAUGGGAUCACCCAAUUGCGGACUUUUUCUCUCUUUCAAUGCAAAAAGCUUCACAAUACAACCUAGCCAGCAGUCUCAACCAGAUUCUAGGCCCUAGCGGUGUUCACGUGGCCGGCGUGAACAUUGCAGGAAUCAUUAGAGAUGACGAUCCCGUAGUCAAUGCCCGAAACAUUGCCAAUAGCAUUUAUGAGCUAUACGAGCAAGACAAAGCUCACUGGCAGUUUGAGAUCAAGGUCGGCGACUGGGAUGAGUUCCUCCAAAGCAUGUCGAAUCAAUUAUCCGUCUGA